CGUCCGUUUGCUCUAGGCAUUCUUUAGAGUUUGGGAGGAAUUAGGGCGACGAAACAUUGUUUUGCGUAAUAUCGACGUGUGAAGAGUGUUUGAGCCAAAAUGUUACGGCUCCCAGUAAUAAGAUUGUCUACGGGGUUACAAAAUGGUAGGCCCUUUGUCUUGGGAUUGCAUACAACAUCCUCAAAGUUGCAGCAAGAAUUAGUUGAAGUGUUCAUUGAUGAUAAGCCUGUCCAUGUUCCACCUGGUACAACUGUUCUCCAGGCAGCUGCAAAAGUUGGAGUAGAAAUUCCCAGAUUUUGUUAUCAUGAACGUUUAGCUGUAGCAGGAAAUUGUAGGAUGUGUCUUGUGGAAAUUGAAAAACAGGUCAAGCCUGUUGCUGCUUGUGCCAUGCCCGUAAUGAAAGGUUGGAGAGUGAAAACUAAUUCAGAUUUAACUCGUAAAGCCCGUGAAGGUGUUAUGGAAUUUCUAUUGGUGAAUCAUCCUUUGGAUUGUCCUAUUUGUGAUCAAGGAGGCGAAUGUGAUUUGCAAGAUCAAAGUAUGGCAUUUGGUAGUGACCGAAGUCGGUUUAUCGAUAUUGAUUAUAGUGGCAAGAGAGCAGUAGAGGACAAGGAUAUUGGACCUCUAGUUAAAACAGUUAUGACACGUUGCAUCCAUUGUACAAGAUGUAUUCGUUUUGCCUCUGAAGUAGCUGGUGUUGACGAUUUAGGGACCACAGGUCGUGGAAAUGAUAUGCAAGUUGGAACUUAUGUAGAAAAAAUGUUCCUGUCAGAGUUAUCUGGUAAUAUCAUCGAUCUAUGUCCUGUCGGUGCAUUAACCAGUAAGCCGUAUGCUUUCGUUGCUCGUCCGUGGGAAACACGUCGUACAGACAGCAUCGAUGUUUUAGAUGCUGUCGGUAGUAAUAUAGUGAUUUCGCAUAGAACAGGUGAAGUUUUGAGAAUUCUACCAAGGGUAAACGAAGAAAUAAAUGAAGAGUGGCUAUCCGAUAAGGCACGUUUCUCUUACGACGGACUUAAGCGCCAGAGACUCAUUACUCCUAUGAUGAAAAUCAAUGGAAAAUUGGAAGCUGUGGAAUGGGAAGAUGCUCUAGUAGCAGUUGGCCAAGUUAUACAAAAUAUACCUCCGAAUACAUGUGCAGCAAUCGCUGGAAAACUGGCUGACGCUGAGUCUCUUGUAGCGUUAAAGGAUCUGGUAAAUAGGCUUGGUGGUGAAACUUUAGCAACGGAGCAAAGUUUUCCAAAACAUGGCGCCGGUAUUGAUAUAAGAAGCAAUUACUUACUGAAUAAUACGAUCGCUGCAAUCGAGGAGGCUGAUGUAGUACUGUUAAUUGGGACUAAUCCGAGGUACGAAGCACCAUUGGUAAACACACGUUUAAGGAAAGGAUAUAUUCAUGGUGAACAAACUAUUGCUUUGAUUGGUCCGAAAGUAGAUUUAACAUAUGAUUAUGAACAUUUGGGUCAAUCUCCUGAAAUUAUAACACAAUUAAGAAAUGGUACUCAUCCAUUUUCUAACACCUUGAAAACUGCUAAAAAACCUCUAGUCAUUUUGGGUGUCGAUCAAUUAACCAGGAAAGAUGGAGAGAAAAUCUUAUCUGAAACGCAAUUACUAGCGCAAUCUUUAGGAGGAAAAUCGAAAGCUCCUGAAGAAUGGAAAGUUCUAAAUAUCCUACAUACGAAUGCGUCACAAGUAGCUGCAUUGGAUGUAGGUUAUUCUGCGUCUGUAGAGGAAGUUAAGCAGCUAAAAUUAAAAAUUCUUUUCUUAUUGGGCGCUGAUGAUGCGAAUAUAAAGAAAGAAGACUUUGCAGAUACCUUUAUUGUAUACAUAGGUAGCCAUGGCGAUGAAGGAGCCUCGAUUGCGGACGUUAUACUUCCUGGAGCUGCAUACACCGAGAAAGUUGCGACCUACGUGAAUACAGAAGGCCGCGCUCAACAGACUUGUGCCGCAAUUACACCACCGGGCAUGGCACGUCCGGAUUGGAAGAUAAUACGAGCUCUUUCCGAGAUUUGCGGCGUUUGCUUGCCUUAUGAUAACUUGAUGGAUGUUAGGUCUAGACUCGAAGAAAUGGCACCACAUUUAGUUAAAUACGGCAUCGUGGAAGCAGCUAAUUAUUUUGUUCAAGCAUCGGAAUUAUCAAAGGAGUCUAGCAAAUCUUUGUCCACGGAACCACUGGAAGUUAAACAAAAGGCACUGGAUCAGUUUUUCAUGACAGAUACGGUAUCUCGUUCUUCACCUACUAUGGCAAAGUGUGUGCAGGCAGUUCUGAGGCAACGAGAGAGUACUUCGUAAACGGUUAAUCAUAAUAUGAAAAUAGGAACUCAUGAUAGAUGUGUAAUAGUACUGAAAAAAUAUUCCAAAUAUGGUGCUUUUAUUAGGAGCGCGUAAAAAUGAAAAUAUCCCUUGUAACUGCUGCGUUAAAUGACGCGGCAGAUUUUAUUCAACAGAAUACAAACAUUAACUCCAUAGUGAUACAGUGAAAAUUCAAUCUACUUGUCUAAUCAUUUCAUGUAUAUUAUAAUGUUCUGUAUUGAUA